AUGACAAAUAUAUACCCUAAAAUGAAAUUAUUAUUACUCUUCACAUUUUUAAUCUUACAAUUUUCUAAUGCCUUAGAUACUACUACUAUUUCAAGAAAACAAGUGUUUACAUCAUAUAUCUGCCCUUCAUGUGUUACAACAACAAUACUUAAUGAAGAACCUCGAUUCACUUCUUCCCCCAUACAAACAACUACAAGUACUAUCAUACAAUGUACAAAGUUUGUUACAGAAACCGCUACUGUUACUACUGUUUAUUCAAACUGUGCUACUCAAACAAUUGGAAACACUUCUACAUUUACAUUUAUAGAAAGUGCUUCAACUGUUACUGAACAAGGACCUACAGUUACGGUUACAUUAAGUGCUUCCACAGUUACUGAACAUGGCUCUACAACUACAGUUAUAGAAUCUGCAUCUACAGUGACUCUAAGUGCUUCCACAGUCACUGAACAAGGACCUACAGUUACUGAACAUGGCUCUACAACUACAGUUACAGAAUCUGCAUCUACAGUGACUCUAUGUGCAUCAACUGUUACUGAACAAGGGCCUACAGUUACAUUGAGUGCUUCUACAGUUACCGAACAUGGCUCUACAACUACAGUUACACAACCAGCCUCUACAGUGACUAUGAGGGCAUCAACUGUUACAGAACAUGGUUCUACAACCAUUAUUACAAAGCCAGCUUCCACAGUAACUCUAAGUGUUCUAACUGCUACAUUUACUCCUAGUGCAUCAACAGUUACAGAGCAUGGGUCUACAAUUACAAUCACAGAGCAUGGUUCUACAACUACCGUUAUUCCUAGCACAUCCACAGUAACCCUCAGUGCACCCACAAUUACCAAAAAUGUAACUUUAUCUCAAGAAACGAAAACAAUGACUAUUUUAUCAUCAAUACCUCCAACGACAGUUACAAUCAAUUCUACUUUACUCCCAAAAACAGAAACAGUUACUUUGGAAACAACUUUACCGCCAAUAACAAUUACUGUUAACUCCACUUUAUUACCAAACACAGAGACAGUUAUUUUGAAAACAACUAUCCCUCCAAGUACACAGAUAAUUACUGUUAACUCUUCUAUUUAUGAGACAAUCACCGUUAAUUCCUCUUUACCACCUGUCACCAUCACAAUCGAUACUACACUUCCUCCAAGUACUCAAAUAGUUACUAUUAACUCUACUUUACCUCAAAUCACUGAAACAGUUACUGUAAACUCUACUUUGCCACAAAUAACCGAAACAGUUACCGUGAAUUCCACUCUCACACCAAGUACUGAAACAAUAACUGUUAAUUCUUCAGUUCCUCCAGUUACUAUCACAAUAAAUUCUACUCUUGAACCAAGUACCCAAACAGUUACAAUAAACUCCUCUAUCAUCGAAACAGUUACAAUAAACUCUUCUAUCAUUGAAACAGUUACAAUGAAUUCCUCUAUUACCAAGAUAGUUACAGUAAAAUCUUCAGUUCCACCCGUCACCAUCACUGUUAACCCCACAUUCAAUCCAAAUACUCAAACAGUCACGGUAAACUCCACCUUGGCACCAAGUACUAAAAUUAUUACAGUCAACUCUUCAGUUCUACCUGUCACUGUUACUCUCAACUCCUCAAUUAUUGAAACAAAAACAAUCAUUUCGACUACUACUUUGUCUGAUCAUGUUCAAUACAUUAAUAAUACAAUUACAAUUACAGCAGAUGGCUCUUGUGCUAUACCAACAACAACAACCGAGGAAAUUUCAAUUUUGGAAAAAACAGUAGUUACUACAAUUCCAACUUUCAUUAUUGAAUCAAAUAACAUAACAAAUACAAUUUCUAAAACCACUGAAAUAAUUUCCACCAAUAUUAUUUCUUCUACCUUUACGAUAAAUACAGUUGUUACGAAUACUAUUCCAACCACAGAGAUUCAAAAACAAUUUUCUACUAUAAUUUACAAUAGUACCAAUACUAUAACCACAUUCCAAACUGUUGAGACUAUUGUUCCUAUAACCUCUGAACUAAUUAUCUCAACGACUCAACAACUUCCAAAUAAUCCAUCUCAGUAUACAACUAUACUUGCUACUAUUCCAACUACUUUCGAUACAACUAAUACAAUAACUCACGACGUAACUAGUUGCGAAGUUAUUCCACGAACAUCAACAUAUACAAAUAUAGUUACUUCUAUCGCAUCACUUACAAACACUACAGCCCAACCUGAUCUACCUUCUUCAAUAGAUGCCAUUUCUAAACCAGAACCAACAUCUACUAUAACUGAAACAUUACCAACUAUUGUUGAACAAGUUUCAUUCUCAACAUUAUCUAGCUCCUCCAUUCCAACUCAUUCUUACCCAGUAACAGUGUCACAAUUUGAAGGCAGCGCUUCUCACAUUAAGGGUUCGUUUGCUUUGAUUCUAUUAGCCUUGAUUGCAUUUUUUUAA